AUGUUACCCCCCGUACCAUCCCCUGCUGAUUAUGGGAUCACGCCCGACCUUGGGUUCCUGCCCCAGGAACCUCCGCUGGAGGUCUUGCCGGAUCCGUACUAUGCCAAGUGGGAGGCCAUCGUGGGGAACUUGCAGGCCCUCAUCCUGAGUAAACGGGUCCGGUCCCUGGUGGAGCGUCUCCCCUUGCUGUCGACAGAGCACCUCCAGACCGAGGCUGAAUGGCGACGAGCAUAUGUGGUGCUGGUCUUUAUGCUGCAUGGCUUUGUCUGGGGAGGUGAUCGUCCCGCUGAGAGGAUUCCACCUCAGCUUACAGUGCCAUUGUUCAAAGUCUGUGAACGGCUGGAAGUGCCUCCAGUGGCCACUUAUGCGGGCGUGUGCCUCUGGAACUACAAGCCGAUCUUUCCCGACGAGCCGGCCACCGAGUUGGACAAUUUAGCUUGUCAUCAAACGUUCACUGGGUCGUUGGAUGAACAAUGGUUCUACCUCGUCUCGGUUGCCAUCGAGGCCCGAGGGGGUCCUUCGAUUCCAUUGAUGCUCAAGGCUAUAACCGCUGCGCGCGCAGGAAAGAGCCAAAUUGUCACCGAAUGUCUCCAGCAGCUCGCGGAAACAAUUGAUGAAACUACUGAAUUAUUACAACGGAUGUACGAUAAUUGUGACCCAUACGUCUUCUACAACCGCAUUCGCCCGUAUCUAGCCGGCAGCAAAAACAUGAGUGACGCCGGCUUGCCCAAUGGUCUGUUGUACGACGACGGCCACAGCCCAGAAUAUCGACAAUACGGGGGUGGCAGCAAUGCUCAAAGCUCGCUUAUUCAAUUCUACGACAUCAUCCUCGGCAUAGAGCACCGACCAACGGGUACAAACCGAGACAGCGAAGACACCGGCAAGACCCGGAACAGCUUCAUCCACGAGAUGCGUACUUACAUGCCCGGUCCACACCGACGCUUCCUCGAACAAGUUGACUCGGUAGCCAACAUCCGUGCCUAUGUUGAGGCUCGCCGUGGAGACUCCGCCCUCUGCAUCGCCUACGAUGCCUGUCUAGCCAUGCUGCGUGUGCUACGCGACAAGCACAUCACCAUGGUAUCCCGCUAUAUCAUCAUCCAAUCCCGCAGUGCACGUCAACCUUCUCAACCCAGCAGUCGACCGGCUGCAACCAACCUUGCCACUGCCACACCGGCCGAUAAGAAGAAGCUGCGCGGAACCGGGGGUACUGCGCUCAUCCCAUUCUUGAAGCAAGCACGUGAUGAAACCGGUGAGCCUGCCAUUGAUGCAUGGGCUCGGCGGUUGCUUAGUGACGGCCCCGUUGAUAAGACGUUUGCUUCACUCAGCAAAGUUGGCGAGCAGCCAGAUGGGCAUCUCGAGGUUGUUGGUCUAUGCGGGACAUGGACUGCCGAGGAAAGUGAAGGUGGCAUAUGUCACUGGUAA